AUCAACAUGAAAUUCGUUAUUGUUUUUGUUGCUCUCUUCGCCGUGGCUUUGGCUGCUCCUCCAGCACAGCAAGUGGAAAUCGUGCGCCAGGACUCCGAUGUCCAACCCGAGGGAUACCGUUUCGGUUACGCAACUAGCGAUGGUUCGCAGCACGAUGAAGAAGGCCAGCUCAAGAAUGUCGGCAGCGAAGAUGAGGCCAUCGUCGUAAAGGGUUCAUACAGCUUUGUUGCCGAUGAUGGUGUGACAUACACAGUCAACUACAUUGCCGAUGAAAAUGGAUUCCAGCCCCAAGGCGCUCAUUUGCCCGUAGCUUAAAUUAUAAAAUUUAUUUAGUUAGCACAGCAAUAAGGAUGCCCGUAUACAGAGUGUUUUUGAUUGUGUAUUAUUUU